AUUCAUCUUCCCACGCUUUUCAUCUCUGUUAACCGUAAAGAGAGUUUGGGAAUAAAGUCGAAAAUAUCUGAUUUUAUUGACCAUGCCUGAUUUGAGUGACCAAGCCGAAAAGGGCGAGGUUCAGGAAGGCCCGAGCAACAGCUCUGUGUCUUCCCCGGCCUCAAACGCGCGCAAACGAUGGUUUAUCGCAGUCGCCACGCUUUUGGCCCUGACAGGUGUUAUUCUCGCCAUUGCCAUCCCAGUCUCGCGCAAAAACGACCACGAAAAGGUCUCCAUUGCAUCAGACGAAGACUCGAACAUGGAUGGAACCGUACAGCAAACUGCGAAGGCAACUGCCGACAUAAGUGGAUACUUCAACAGCUCAUUUUCUCUUUUUGGUGAAGACAUAACGAACGGAUACAUUUCCCCCGAUGAAUUUAAAUCGGACCUGCGUAACGUCGCACGAUUUUUACUAGAUAGUGUGGUGAAGCGCAAUCUCGGCUCUGAGGUUAACAAUGCUGCAGGUGGGGACCUUGAAGUUGAGCCCGGCGUAGGUGUUGCCGCUGAAGGAAGCAACUCAGAUAUGCGCGCUCCCGAUGUCGGAGAUAACGUGAACGACUUUGGAACAAACAACCAGGAAGAUAGCGUCGAAGAAGGCGACAUCAUCGUAUCCAACGGUAGACACGUGUUUGCAGUAUACGGUGAUCGCGUCGUGAUUUGGGAUGCAACCACUGGCGACAUGUUGUCUGAUAUCAAGAUGCCCACCUUUGAUGAAUCUCUAAAUAGCACGAAAGGAAGCGCGGCUGCUACAUCUCGUUCGGAUAUCGAUUUUUUCUACAGCGGGCCGUUCAUCAAUGAUCUUCUAUUAGAUGGAGACAGACUCGUGGUAGUAGUCGGUGGAUAUGGUAAUGCUAUGCGAGCAGCUCCUGGUGCUGAACAGCCCAUUUUAUACGACUACAACGGAGCCCGCAUAGUGAUUUAUGACAUUUCCGCGCUCGACAGUACUGGAACAAUUACUCAGCUCUUCUCAGAAGACAUAAACGGAAGUUAUAACUCAAUGCGAGCCAUCGGAAGCAAUCUUCACAUUGUUACUAUGUCGGGAUUAGACACAUACACUCAUUUGGUCGCGCCUUUUGAACGCUGGAACUACCCAAAUGUAACUGACGAAGAAUACAUCGCGCAAGUCCAGGAAGCUGCAGAAGGCAAGGUCAUUACAAAGUUCGUCGAGCAACUGGCCAGUGAACUAACCUUUCACGGAAAGCUUCCUGAUUUUGCUCGGAUUAGUCUCAUGCAAGAAGAAUUUUCGGGUGGUGCGCAUGAGAGGGUAACGUAUUCUGACGGUGUAGCGAACUCUGUCGUUCAAGUCUUCUCUCUUGACUUGGCUCAGGAUUUUUCAAUACUUGGAAUUGGGGAGACGCCCUUUAGCGUGUCGGGUGCUUUCCUUGCCCCUUAUUAUGGCGAAGUUUACGCGGCAAAUGGCAUGUUGAUCAUUGCGAGCAAUGGAUGGGGAUACAACAGCGAAAAUGGAAUUUCUGAGGACUACACGUACAUUUUAGCAAUGGCUCUCAGCGGCCCUUCUUCGACUCCCCACUCUGUCGGUACCGUGAAAGGAUACUUUCUCAAUAAGAAUUCAAUUGAUGUUGUCGGUAACGUGCUCCGAAUCGCAACAACAAUUCAAAACAGGUGGCGUUGGCUGAUGCCUGAGCCUCUGAUUCCUAUCGACGGCGAUGGAACGGACGGAAACGGAACCUUGUCUCGGCCGGCCGUCAUGCCUGAGCCAGUCCAAGAUGAGCCUUCCACUGAAAACUACAUUAUUAUGUUGCAAAUGCCGGGUGUAGAUGGCACAGACCCAGGUACGAUGCAGGAGCUUUCUCGGCUUCAGCUUGGAAAAAUUAACGAGGUCUUUACAGCCGUCCGCUUCUUUGACAAUAUCGCCUAUGCCGUGACAUUUGAAAGAACGGAUCCGUUUUAUGUCCUCGACCUAAAUGACCCAUCCAAUCCCGAAAUUCUCGCCGAGUACAAUAUCACCGGCUUCUCUAGUUACUUGCACUCCAUGAACACCGAUAACAGUCUUAUCUUGGCUAUUGGAGAGGAGGCCGACGGGGAUGGAAUGCCCAUUGGUCUUCAGAUCACAGUCUUUGACGUUCUGGAUCCUCGCAAUCCAGUUGCUGUCCAACGCCACCUUAUUGAGAACGAUCCAGAUACUUACUCGAGCACUGAUGGUGCAUGGCAAUUCAAAGCCGUUCGAUAUGAAAAGACAUCUCAACGUCUCAUUAUUCCUGUGAACAUCAACAACUGGAAUGAUCCGACCUCGAACUAUAAUGGGUUCAUUGCAUACUAUGUCAGUGCUACUUUGAUCGAAGAAAGUUGCCGCAUUGAGCACGAUGCAGGCUACGAUGUCUUUAUCGAUCCUAUCUUCGUCGAUCCGGAUUCCAAUGAGACCGCUGUCGAAAACGAAACGCUUGUUGGUCCAGCUGAUACUAUCGACGUUGCCCCUUCGGAUUGUGUUUACUGUGCCUCACUCCAGCCUCGAUCAAUGAUCUUCAACGGAAACGUUAUGACAAGCAGUGGCCACUUUAUCCGUAGUACAGACUUGAACACAUGCGAGCAAGCUUGGAAAUUGGAUAUCGCCGAGGGCGAGUCAAACUGCUGCGGUGCCUGGUUCUAGAGAAAUAUUCCUCACGCAAAAGUUACGGCAUAAAAUGCCUUCAUAAAACGUAUGCAUAAUUAGCAAAGAUCGAUGUCAUCU